AGACACGUUCCCAGGGACUAAUGUGGCCGACCUCUUUGGCAUAUGGCAUAAUAAAAAAAAAACAUCCCACCUGUCCUGUGAGGAAUCAGCUAUUAUUCCCACUGACCAUUGUCCCACCGUCGGAGCACUCUGAUUGGCUGCAGAGCGUGAGACAGCGCAGAAGGAGGCACAUAAAUACGACAUGGAGAUGCAGAGCUCCCUAAUGAAGACUCUCUAAGCAUCAGCUGACCCAAGACCAGCCGCAACAGAGCAGAACAGAGGAGCUACCAGAACACAAACUCUAGACCCCCAUCAAGACCUACCAAGAACAACAUCUCCACUUUAUUGACGAGCUGCAAACUCAAGGCCAAACAUCUGAAAAUGCCCGCCUACUUGGACAUUGCGCUUCAGAACAGCACGAACGUGAAAGAUCAGCACAUUAGGUGUAAACUCUCUCUGCUGGAAAGGAAGUGCAGCAGCGGUGUGGAGAAACUGAAGAUAGUCAUUGGAGAACACCUCCAGAACGGGAUCCCUACAUCUCCCAUUUCUCCUAUUCUGGAGAAAACCGUGUCCCUUUUCACUCCGAAGAAGGCCUUGCUGUCACCCACGGGCUAUUCCAAAUAUUCCAGGGACAUACUGCGUCUCUUCCCCACUCCAGAGGAGGACAUUGUACCACUCUGCUUUGAACAAUGAGUGGAGAGAUGCAUGGACGUGGAGGUUCCAGUUCAGAGGUCAAGGACCCUGCUGACAUUUACUGUGGCGUUGGCUUAAUGUAUUCACUUGAGGCGCUGCCAUAGACUGCAACUGAUUGGCCGACACUGGAUCGCAACUGACAGAGAGACAUAGUUAAAUGAAUAAUAAGUCCAAAAUAGGUUUUGUCUAAAAUUACAGUGAUUUUGUGAAGGUUAGUUUGUGUAUAUUUCAAUUCUGUCGAAAUGAUUUAGAAAUGCAUUUGCAUGCAUUGUUAUUAGCAGUCGUACUGCUCUAUCCUUUCUAUGAGAAAGUCAACCUUGGAUGUGUUUGGUGAUCUCUGCUACCUGGAAGAAAGCAGAGCGGGUUACUCUGAUUGUAAACACUUGUCCUCGGAGAUUGAGUUAGCGAGUGCUGGGCACUCUUGUUACAAUGUAGAAGUAUGGACAAUGUGACCAUUGGUUCAUCCCACUUUCUUAGGGUAGGUGAGUCAAUGUCGAAUUUGAACCCUGCUAGCCUUUACACUAAGAGGAAAUGUUAUGAUUGUUAUUUUAAAACUUACUGUUUAUUUUGUUUUCAACUACUAAUGAAUGGCUUCACACACAUAUAAAUGUGCCUAAUACACAAAUGUGCCUAAAGUGUUUUUACAUGUACCUAAAGUGUUUAAUUCAAAGACUAAAUAAAUAUUUUCAGCAUAUAU